GGCGCAGGGGGCGGUGACGCACUCUGGCGGGCGCGAGGGGCGCGGCCCCGCAGUGCGGGAAGGGGGAGCGGGAACGGAAUUGGGAACGGGAAUGGAAAUGGGAGCGGAAGCGGCGCCUGCCGGGGCGGUGGCUCUGGGCACAAACGUGCGGCUCAGUGCACGAGAGAUUCCUGCUGCCUCACUGCACACCCCGCAGGUCCCCCUUGCCCAAGAUGGCGGUGGUUUGGGCAGCCUGCACCAGCCCCGCGGAGCUGCCCUGUGGGACCCGUGCGCUGGAAAAUAUUUGGUGCCUAAAAUACAAGGAGUUCCCGUUGUAGUCCAGGAGGGUGGUAGUAAUAAGGUGUUUCCGUUGAGGUGGAUUUAUAAAAAUCUCUAAAUCGUAUGCAUGUGACGUGAAAGGAGUACAGGCUGGAAAGGUGGUCAGUAGUUGAACGAGUCUUCCAAGAAAAUUGGGUGAACAACUGAAGUAUUCCAGUUUCCAUCCCUCAUCUGUGAGCCCGCUCAUAAGAGGAAACUUGGAUCACUUCUGUCCAUCUUCCUGAGCUGUUCUGUUUUCCCAGCUGUACCUUUCUUUUCUUUGCCCAGAACAGUUGUGCUCCUAAUGAACAUGUGCUGUUCUGCCUGGCUUUCUUCUGCAGUAUGACCGAGUUUUUAACAUGAGAGUACGCAAUGAAUGCUGCAACUUCGUUGAGAUACACAGUAAAUUCACACUUUUUACUAGUUCUGUGUAAAUUUAUGACAAUGAACUAGCUAACAUAAGUUGUAUGUCUCCUUACUCAUGUUUCAUAAGAGUUCUGAAAAAAAAAUUUUUUUUAAAAUAUCUUAGAUUUGCUGGGGUGAGGUUACUCUAUAAUUUUGAGGGUUUGGAGGGUUUUUUGGGAUAUCCCUCUAAACAAACAAUUUGAAACUAAAUCCCAUGAGUUGGAGAUCAAAAUCUUGCUUGUUUUACGGAAUUAUGUUUUUAACUGCAAGUCAUCUACCCUUUUACGAUGUGUAAAAAAUGGGCAAAAAGAAUUAAAACAGUGAAGUAAGUGGCUGACAAUUUCCCACAUGAGACUUUAUGUGAAAUACCAGAUGGUGGAGGAAAGCAGGAGCUGCUGGUUGUCUGUCUCAGACCCAUCAUUACAGAUGAGAUGCAGUCACUGCAGCAGCAGCAUCCACUCCCUUCCACCUCACCUUCCCCUGUAGGCUGGUCUCUGCCUCCUUGAAGACCCUGACUGGUGUUUCUAUUGCAAACAGUGGAAUAUGUAAAAGUUUCUUAAGAAAGGAUGUUCUUUGAUGUUUGAUCUUUGUAAAUUUUCGAGCCUGAUCAACGAGAAGGGAGAUUUAAUCCGUGAAACAGAGAGAAGCCAACAAGCUCUAAGUGAUGUCCAGGCAUUAGAAGAACACAUUACCUGUUGGUAGAACUGCCUUGUUAAGGUUUAGGACUGGAGGCGCUUCAAUGAUUUCAGACCUAGGGGGAGGUUAACAGAGCUUGGGAAGAAGAAUGCCCACUUACAGUGGACACAAAGAAUGGAGAAUUUACAGGCCACAGGGACAUUGAGAAGAACCCCCAAGGUGAGGAAGAAACUAAUAAAACCAAUCCAGCAACUGUGCUGAAAUACGCUCCAAUUGGGUAAAAAGGUAAUUCUGCCAAGGAGUGAUCAUGACCACCAACCCAAGAAACCUAGGAACUCUGGAGAAAGACUGAGAAUGUGGAUUAAUUAGCAUGAGAAGCAAGAGAAUCAUUAACCAGUAGAAGAUAAAAUACUAAUUAACAAGAAAACCAUGUAAUUUGUAGCCACUGAAAGCUAAUUCCUUUGUUUGCUAAAAUGCAUAGUAAUAUAGUGUAUAGUAGUAUAGUAAAAUAGUAAUAUAAAACAGUAAAAAGUUUUGAUAGUUGGUGUGCUUGAUUUGUGGAAUACCACCGGGAACCCAGGCUUGCAUAACUCUGAAAUAGAUAAUCAGUGUCUUUCUCGAAUGUUUAAUUAUUGGCUUGUUGCACACCAAUUUUUGUGGGCAUUUCCCUGGUUGGCAACGCAGCAAUAGCAGCUGGAGCUGGAUUUCCCUAAGUGGUUGCUUGUUCUCUACUUAUUUUGUUCUCUUGGCAAAAUGACUUCUCUGUGGGUGGUUUUUCUUGAGAUGCAAGAAAAAGAGUGUGUUUUGUGGUGAAAAUAGGAGCUCCAUAAUUCUUCUUUUCUGCGGCAUUCUAAGUGUUAAUGUGGGAGUUGAAGAUGAGUGUUGCUGCAUAGAUCUGAAGUAAUUUUGCCUGGGGGUGAUUUGUGAAAUGCUUUCAUUGAAGCACUUGGAAGCUCUCCUGAGAUUCUUUUGCAUAAGCAGGAGACUAACAUCUGCAUCUCAUCCACAGGCACAGAGUUUUGCUAAACCUCUUUAUGUCUGAGAUCCUGUGCAACUGCUACACCCACCUAUGCCAUCAGAUUACAAGCAUAUUUGUCUCUUUAGAAAGGUUAGCAAAGAAUAUUUCACCUUGCAGGAGAAGUACCGGGUAUUUUGCCAUGGAAGCCGAGGAAACGAUGGAAUGUAUCCAGGAAUUCCCUGAACACUAUAAAGUUAUUUUGGAUAGACUGAACGAACAACGUGAGCAGGACCAGUUUACAGAUAUCACCCUGAUUGUUGAUGGUCACCAUUUCAAAGCUCAUAAGGCUGUUCUUGCUGCCUGUAGCCAGUUCUUCCACAAAUUCUUCCAAGAUUUCACUCAAGAGCCUUUGGUGGAGAUUGAAGGUGUAAGUAACAUGGCAUUUCGUCACCUAAUUGAGUUCACCUACACAGCAAAACUAAUGGUCCAAGGUGAGGAAGAAGCAAAUGAUGUUUGGAAAGCAGCUGAGUAUCUACAGAUGCUAGAAGCAAUCAAAGCACUUGAAAUUAGGAACAAAGAAAAUUCAUCACUCUUAGAAUCAAAUGAAGCGCAAGGUAAAAAUAAACCAAAAAAGAGGAAGAUUGCUGAAACCUCUAAUGUUAUCACAGAAACACUGCCAUCUGCAGAAUCAGAGCCUGUUGAAAUUGAGGUUGAGAUUGCAGAAGGGACGAUGAAAGUGGAAGACGACAGCAUUGAAACACUUGAAGAAGUAGCUUCUGCAGAGCAAUCCAUAAAGUACAUACAGACAACAGGUACAUCAGAUGAAUCUGCUUUGGCUCUUUUGGCAGAUAUCACCAGCAAGUAUCGUCAGGGAGAGAGAAAAUGCCAGAUCCAAGAAGAAGGUGAUAAUGCAACUGAUCCCUCGUGCAAACAGGAACACAUGAAAACACACUCUACUGAGAAUUACAAGUGUGACAUAUGCAAUAAAAGAUACCUACGAGAGAGUGCUUUGAAACAGCACCUCACCUGUUACCACCUUGAUGAAGGUGGUGUCAGCAAGAAGCAAAGACCUGGCAAGAAAAUACAUGUAUGCCAGUACUGUGAUAAGCAGUUUGACCACUUUGGACAUUUUAAAGAGCACCUGCGGAAGCACACAGGUGAAAAACCAUUUGAAUGUCCAAACUGCCAUGAACGUUUUGCUAGGAAUAGCACACUCAAAUGUCACCUGACAGCCUGUCAGUCUGGAGCUGGAGCCAAAAAGGGAAGAAAGAAGCUCUACGAAUGUCAGGUUUGUAACAGCGUUUUUAACAGCUGGGAUCAGUUCAAAGAUCACUUGGUAAUACACACUGGUGACAAACCCAACCACUGUACCUUGUGUGAUUUGUGGUUUAUGCAAGGCAGUGAGCUGAGAAGGCAUCUCAAAGAAAUGCACAAUAUUUCAGAACUACUGGUGACAGAAGAGGUUCUUCCAGUGGAAGCUAUGGAAGCUGAACCAGUAACAUCAAUGACAAUAAUAGAGCAAGUUGAGCAAGUCCAUGUCCUACCAGUAAUUCAGGUACAGGUGGAUCCUGCACAGGUAACUGUGGAACAGAUGCACCAGGAUCUCAUACAGGACAAUCAGGUCAAAGGCACACAGAUGGAGGAACUGCAAGAACAGGUGCAAAUUAGUUACUUGGAAGUUGAACACAUUCAGACUGAACAAGGUGCUGAAGUUCAUGUGGAGCAGUUACAUGUUGAGCAUGUAAAUCAAAUACAGAUGGAAGAGGUACAGGCAGAACUUAUAGAUGGAACACACCUUGAACAAGUAGAAUAUCAAAGUGUUGAUCAAGGAGAAGCAGAAGAAAAGGAACCUAAACAAAUAGAUGAUGCGGAUAAGGAACAUCAUGAACAAGCUGAAGACUUAAAAACACAACAAUUAGUGGACAUGCAGAAUGAAAAUGUGGAUGACUAGGGCAAAUAAUGACACUGCAGGUUUAGGAAUGAAAUACCAAAUUAUUUUUGUUAACUUUUACAUUGGUUUUUGAACUGUCAGUGGUCACCUUUCCAAUAUGCUGUCCAUAAGAAGCUGGACCAGUGGACCAAAAUUAGCUUUAUUCAUGUACAAUUAAACUUCUCUUAUAUGUGAAAAAUAACUUUCCCAUUUGUGUAAUGCCAUGGAACAGAAGCUACCACAGACAUGGACACCUUUGUGAGGUUUUUUAGCAAUUAAUAGCUUGUAUCAUUGUUACACCAUUCCUGGGUAUAUGUAAGAGUAAUUUCACCUCUUUUCCUCUUGCAGUAGAAACAAACUCUUGUAUAGUAUUGCAGGGUGUCUGUGGCAGGAGAAUCACUAAAAUCUGAGGGUUUCUAUUGUAAGUGGCAAUUACGUACCUGUGAAUUUUCGGAUCUUUCAGGCUGGGCUAAAAUUAGCAUUGUUGCUGGAGGUGUCUGAGCACAAAAAUCCCGUGCCUUUUCAGCACUGACUAGUUAAACUUCCCAAAAGUUUCUAGAGUUUUUGAGAAUUUAGUUCUGUAAAAGGCAAUGUAGGUAAUGUUAUAGUGCUUUAUAUUUUUGCUUAAAAUUGUCAGCUACUGGUUUUCUUUUUGCAUUAAAUUUAGAGGUGGGGGGCUGAGGGAGGGAACAGAUUCCACAUGGAGGCAGCAGGACACUCUAAAAGGGACACUUAAAAAUAGAAAAAACUUGGUAGAGUCUGUGGCAAACACAAAUUGGAAAAAAGCUACUAGCAGACUCUUCUUUUAUAAAUAAUCAUUUUUGAAAAUGAAUAUGUUUAAACAUAAAUAUAGAGAUUUGUCUAUAUGAUAUCAGGUUCUUGGUUUUUUUGAAAAGAAAUUCUGACACUUGACACAAAGAUAUGCUAAACAUAAAAGUAAAAGCCAUAGGUAUGAGUGCUAAACUGUGGAUUGAAAAGUAGAAAUGUAAAUAGUUUAAUCAAUAUUAGACAAUAAAACAAUACCAACCAUUAAAUGUUGCAUUACUUGUUUUAUCCAUUAGGAACAACUGAGUGGCAAUUACAGUGCCAGCUUCCAGUGCUAAGAAUCAAUCUCAUUUUUAAUAUGAUUAUUAUCUCUUUACUGUAAAGUUAGAUUUGUUUAGAAAAUACUUGUCUAUCUCUAUGCUCAAGGAUGCUAAGAACUACUAAUUCUUAGUUACUGCUGGAGGUUAGAGGUGCUCCACAUUUCUGAAAAACUAUUUUCAAAGCCUUAAAUGGAGGAAUUUUUGCAAGGACAUUCCCUAAUGCUCUUGGUAAUCUUGUAGGUCUUAGCUAAAAUCAGGCUUUUGUAUUCCAUGUUCAAAUGCAGAACUAUUUCCUGGGAUUUGUGCAUUUAUUUAGUCUCAUUCAUGUUUCAUUGUAGCUUUUGCGAAACUGUUGCAAAACAAACAUGGAUCUCAAUUAAACUUUCAAGCAAUUUGAUUAAUGUAACUUGCAUUCUUUUUUUAUUAUGUUUUGUGUUUUCUGAGAUGCAAGUAAUUUGUGAUGAGAUUCUGUGCAGAGGGAAGAAUGUGGCCCAGUGUUAAUCAUGAAAAUAAAAUCAGUUAUUAUAUUUA